AUCGACGUUACCCAUACAUCACCGACUCUCAGCUUUCAUGUCUUUCGGUUUCGCCGGUUGAUCCGCAAAACCUUACGACAGACACACUUUUUGGGUAUCUACUAUUGGCGUCUGAUAUCGUCAAUAUACCAUCUAAUAAUUCAAGACAUACUUCGGAGUUAUACGGCUUGGGUGGAUUGAUUUUUCUCAGACCGAACUUGAGCCAUGCGAGACAUGGUAUAAAGCUUCGAUGAUGCAUAUUGCUCAAUUGGAUAUUUCUGGUCACCUUGUUUUCAUGCCCUUGGAUGUCUUGGUCCGCCUCCCCCAAGUUUCCGGCUCUUCUGCGAUGCAGAUCUUGGAAGAAAGCCAGUACACUCGUUUCACACCUGUACAUUUCCUAUCUCUUUCUUCUACGCAUUUGUGGUGCUCUCCGGUCGGUGUUGAGACGGUUGAUCCUUGGGUUCUGUUGUUCAUUUCGGGAAGUUUUUCUCUCCAGGAGUCGUACAUAAAUACACAUUUCUGUUUUUCCAGUCACAUGAUCCUGAAAUAGAUUGGCAGAUCAAUACAUCUGUGAUCUACGU